AUGUACAGCGCUCGGCCGCAGAAGUAUCACCCUGAGAGGGACGAGGAUUUUGCCGCCGAUGACCGCCUCAGGAACUCAUACGACGAGUACGCCGACGAGGAGAUGACCGAGUGCACUGAUGAGGACAUCGGCAGCGACUCUGACGAGAAUAUUGGUGACCACGUGGAAGUUGACGGCUGUUCAGACGAAGAAAGCUACCGGUACACCAACGAAGACGGUGACUUCUUCGUCGUCGACGAGGCCGAUACCUCUAUGGAUGACGACAACGAUGCCUCCACUGAUGACGAUUUCGUCGCCGAAUACGUUCCAUUAUGGUACGAUUCAUCUGCUGAUGAAUACUUUCCCACCAAAGAUGAUUCCUCUGUCGACGACGACGAUGACGAUUUCUCCGACGACGAUUUCGCCGACGAUGACUAUGAUCUCGCCUUCGGUGAUGCUCCCGCCGAUGGUGACCAAACCGAUGAACAAACCGAUGAACAAACCGAUGAUCAGGUCGAUGAUCAGGUCGAUGAUCAGGUUGACAGUAGCCAAGGACAAGCCAUGUUAAGCGCCAGCAUUAGCUAUGACUAUGAGCUAGCCGAGGGCCUCGAGGAUCUCGAGGAAGACGAGUUGUGGCAAGCUGUUGGUGCGGAUGGAGGAUAUGUGCAACCAACCAGCAAGAGAUACAAGUCCACGAAGCUUGUCUCAACCAAAUACUUCCGCCUUGUGCCCGAAACCCCGUUCAAGCUUCCGUCGCUGCCUGAGCAAGACGUCUUUCAGCACCAGCUGCGCGAUGAUCUCAUUUUCAUCACCCAACAACUCUGUACUUUCGCUGUCACCACGUUUAACAGCUCCGCAACUCCUUCCUUACCCAUUCGGGCCAAUUCUGCUUGGUCCAUCAGCGCUCAACGGUUCUUUAUCGACGUCGAGAGGAUUGGCCCAGCCAGACUCGCCGACUCGCUCUUGGCGAGGAUGUCGCGUGAGGUACGAGUGCUUCUUGGGAAAAGAGAUUACACCGCCAAAGACCUCGCCACCCUUCCCUCCGGCGAUCUGACCAAAGGUGGUAUUUACGUCGACAUAAUUCAUGGGAUCGACACAUCAGUCGAUGAUCGCUUCAUCAAGAGUAGCGGAGUGUACACUGGAUCUGGCACCCGUCUUGCAACCCGCCUCACCAAGUACAAGAACGUCAAGGACCAGGGACAGGGCUCCAAUGAUCGAGAGUCUCGCAGGACUCAUCUCCUAGCAGCCGCCUCCAGUGAGACCACCUCCAUGGAUCCUCGCCCACUCAUUAUCUUUAGAGAUAACGAGGUUGCUACGCCUCUUUUCGCCAUUUCCGAGGGUCUGAUCAUGGUGCUCCUUCGCACCGUCCACGACACGGGGUUUCGAAACACCUGGGUAACCGACGAAUCCAUCCAGUUGUUCCAGCAUUGCGUCCCUCCAACCCUACCGAGUCCCUCGUAUCAGGGCCUCAAUACAGUUUGGGCCAUGAAGCAGGGUAUACCCAAGCUCCGCUCCCAGAAGGUUACCUGCUGCAACAUCCAUUGUGGGGUGACCCGCGAGGAGAAAGACACCGUCUUUCACUACGCCAAGGCUGAUGGUCUUCCUCUUGGCUCUUACUGGUGCAGAGUUUGUGCUCUGUAUUACUACAACUACGGCGAUAUUCGCCCUCGUAGUGUCAUCCUCAAGAAGUCGACACCCGAGCCGAGCAGCUGUCCCAUCUGCAGCGUGGAGAAGAACCCGACGGACCGUGAUUGGUGUUGGGACUAUUCCGUCGACUAUUGGUAUUGCUCGAACUGCUACAAGGAUGCUCACAAGGUGCCGGGCAUUCAGACAGUGGUCAGCGACAGUCAUCCAAAGCCGGCGGUUUGCCCUGGUUGCCUCCGUCGCCCGGAAAACUUCCCAGGAAACCGUGGUUGGACGUUCGACCAUGGGUUCAAAAAGUGGUGGUGUUUCGGUUGUCGGCCCAGCAAGGGCUCCAAGUUGGGACUUAGGAGGGUGCAGAAAAAAAUUGACAAGCCAACGUACUGCCCUCACUGCGGUCGGUCCAAGACGUCCAAGGGUAACCCACUUCAAUUCGGCUGGAUCAAAGAGCAGAACCAGUGGGCUUGCCGCAUAUGCCGUAGGAACUUCUAUCAAGGAGAGAAGAAGAGACCGGUGUCUAAGAAGGUCCAGAGGCCCGUCAAGAAGCGCAAGGCCUCGAAGAAGUGA